AAUUUCUAAAAUUUGAUACUAGCGGAAAAUUUUUGAGUUAUCAAUUCAACUUAAAAAAAUCAUGAAGCAUCUAAAUCGAAAAUAUUUGAUAUAUUCUAUCAUAAAACUCAUUGUGUAUGGUGUAUUGAUUCAGUUCAAGAUGAGAGAAGUUGCUUCAAAUUCAGAAAUAUCUAGUAUCCAUCCUUUACCUGAUUAUGUCAAACCUAUUCAUUAUGCUAUUAAAAUAAUGCCUCUCCUGAAAAAAGACAAUUGGACUUACGACGGCGAAUCUGAUAUUGAAAUACAAAUAAAGCAAAAAAGUAAUUUUUUAGUUUUAUAUGCAAAAAAUCUUGAAAUAAGCGAUAAUAUUACGAUAGAAAAUGAAAACGGAAUGCAUCAAUCUGUUAACUAUAAAAUUGACAAUGAAACAGAUUUUUUAACAAUUACAUUUCAAGAGGAACUAUCUGAAGGAAUUCAUACUUUACAUUUGAGAUACCGAGGUAAAGUUAACGAUGAAGCACAAGGUCUUUAUCGCAGCAGUUAUACAGAUAUUUAUGGAGAAAAUCGGGGUAUAAUAAACGAUAGAAGUUAAGAGCCAUCUAAAGUACGGUGGAGAAAAUUUUUGGAACUUUGUCAAUUUGUAAAGUGAUAGAU